GCCGGUUGUGUCAGCCCAGCCUCCCCUGGGCUUUUCUGCAGCGACGGGAGGCCAGAGGGUGCACAUGAGCGUGCAAAGGCCUUGCCAAAGGAGGGGGGCUGCCUUCAUCAUCUCCGCCGUGUUUGCUUUGUGUCCCCCCACCAGUCUCUGGUUGCUCCCCUUGACAGACGCAGCUGUGAAGAGGAAACAGCAUGGGCAAGAAGCGCAAAGGUUCCCUGCAGCAAGAGGCUGCCAACAAGAAAGUCAAGGGAGAGCCUGCUGCAGCAGCCACCAGGGCCCCCCAAACUCACAGGCAAGAAUCAGAGGAUGAUUUUGAAGAGGAAAAGCCCAGUAUGAAGAAGAAUCUCUCAAAAGUUUCUGGUGGAAAUAAUAAGAAGAAAGGAGAUUGUGACACUGAAGUUCAUAGCCUGCCAGGUAGAUCUUCAAGGCAAAAAGGAGCAAAAUCAGUAGCGAAAGAGGAAAAUAACAUAGAUGUAAAAAACAAAGGGAAUCGUAACAAAGGGGAAAUGUGCAGUGCUUUACCGAGCCCCUCUCAGAAGGAGAUGACUUUGAAGAGACAGUCAACUAUUAAAAAAGAAAUGGAUGAUGAUGAUGAUGAUGAUGAUGGAGAUGGAAGUGAGGAUGAGUGGGAGGAUGUGGAAGAGCUCGAAGAUCCUGUCCUGGAUAAGUCAGGAGAAGCUGCUGCCCUUCCUGCACUGAUGUUGCCCAGCCAACCAGUUGAGAUAGAAAUUGAAACUCCAGAGCAGGCAAAGAAAAGAGAGAGAAGAGAGAAAAGGAAAGCCGAGUUUGAGACCUAUCUCCGGAGAAUGAUGAAACGCUUCAACAAGGAGGUUCAUGAAGAUACGCAUAAGGUUCACCUACUAUGUUUGCUAGCAAAUGGUUUCUAUAGGAACAGGGUCUGCAACCAGCCAGAUCUUCAGGCUAUUGGCCUUUCCAUCAUCCCCACCCACUUCACUAAAGUGCCUGCAGGUCGUGUAGACCUUCUCUACCUCUCCAACUUGGUGAAAUGGUUUGUUGCAACCUUCACUAUCAACACUGAACUCUCUGUUGAUGAUCGAGAGAACCUGCAGUCCACUUUAGAGAGACGCUUCGCCAUCUACGCUGCAAGAGAUGAUGAAGAGUUGGUCCAUAUGUUUUUACUUAUUCUACGAGCGUUACAGUUGCUGUGCCGGCUUGUGCUGUCUCUGCGACCCAUUCCCCUGAAAGAGCCAGCGGGAAAGGGCAAGAGCUCCUGCAAGAAGCACGCUGCCAAAAACCCUAAGGCUCCAUCAAGAAAAAGCUCCUGCAAAGGAGCCAAGCAACAGGAGACUGUGUCAGGGAGUGAAGGAGCUGAAAAGGAAUCAAACACCUCUGGAACCAAAAGGAAAAGUAAGUCAAAGGUGAUCAAGGAUUGCCAGGAACAAAAGGAAUCCAGUGAUGAUGAAAGCAACCUCGGGGAAGAGGAAGGAGCGCACAGGCCUAGAAACAAUUGCCGACGAAGAGUGACCUUGAAAGUGUCUUACAAAGAGGAGAGUGGAAGUGAUGAGGGCAGUGAUUCUGAGUUUGAGGCUUCGGAGGAGGAGGACAGUCAUUUCUCUGAUGAGGAUUUUGAAACUGUGUCUAAGAAGCAGAAAAGAUCAUCGGGGCCCCAUAAAGCAAGGAUAGCGGUUGAAAACAGCAGGAAAACCAGGUCUUUGGAAUCAAAGGGGCCCAAGAAUUCAGGUGGAAAUGAGCAAUUGCUGGCAAAAGCAGCUUCUCCAGGCUCUUCUAAUACACCCAGGAAGAGGAACAAAAUCAUAUCUAGUGACGAUGAUGGGGAGCAGGAGGUGGUGAAAGUGACAGGCACAGAUCAGUGGCUGGAAAUCUUUGUUGAGCGGGAAGACAGGUGGGUGUGUGUGGACUGCGUUCGUGGCAUCGUUGGCCAGCCCUCUAUGUGUUUCAAAUAUGCCACCAAGCCAGUUUCCUAUAUUGUGGGGAUUGACGGCAAUGGGCACGUAAAGGACGUAACACAAAGGUACGACCCAGCAUGGAUGACUUUGACAAGGAAAUGUCGUGUGGAUCCCCAGUGGUGGGAAGACACGCUGGAGCCAUAUAGAAGCCCCUUUGUGGAAAGAGAGAAGAAGGAAGAAAGGGAGUUUCUAGUUAAGCUUCAAGACCAACCGCUGCCGACAGCCAUUGGAGAGUACAAAAAUCACCCUCUUUAUGCAUUGAAGAGGCAUAUCCUGAAAUAUGAGGCCAUCUAUCCUGAGACUGCUGCUAUCCUAGGAUACUGCAGAGGAGAGGCAGUAUAUUCCAGAGACUGUGUGCACACACUGCACUCCCGGGACACCUGGCUGAAGCAAGCUCGAGUGGUGAGGAUUGGGGAAGUGCCCUAUAAGAUGGUGAAAGGAUAUUCCAACCAGGCAAGGAAAGCACGACUGGCAGAGCCUUCAAACAGGGAGAAAGACGAUUUGGGGCUGUAUGGCCUGUGGCAGACAGAGGAGUACCAGCCUCCUGUGGCAGUGGAUGGAAGGGUUCCCCGGAAUGAAUAUGGAAACGUGUAUCUCUUCCUGCCCUGUAUGUUACCAAUAGGCUGUGUGCAGCUAAAGCUUCCCAACCUGCAUAGAGUGGCACGGAAACUGGACAUUGACUGUGUUCAAGCCAUCACUGGAUUUGAUUUUCAUGGUGGCUACUCACACCCAGUUACUGAUGGCUACGUAGUCUGUGAAGAAUACAAAGAGGUGCUCAUCGCAGCCUGGGAGAAUGAACAGGCGGAGAUAGAAAAGAGGGAAAAGGAGAAAAGAGAGAAGAGAGCACUGGGGAACUGGAAAUUGCUGGCAAAAGGACUUCUCAUAAGAGAGAGACUGAAGCAACGCUACUGCAGAAAGAGUGAGGCAUCCGGCUCCACGAUGGAGAAAGGAGUUGGAUUUUCUUCUGAUGAAGAAGGGGAGCCAAGUUCAGAGACUCCAGCCGAAGAUGUGGUUGUUUCUUGGCCUCAGAAUCGGCAAGUGGAUGAACAAAGAAAAGAGAAAAAAGGCAGAAAGAGCAAGCGUGAAAAGAAAGGAGAAGUAGCACACUUGUUCCCCUUUGAGAAGUUGUGACCAGAACUGAGUGCUAAACCCUUUGCAUUCAAUUUCCCGAUGCAAGGAUGAAGGUGGUUGGUUUCUUUAAAACCAUCUUGUAAAUAAUUUCAGAGCUAGAAAAUGUUUGAUGUUUUCUACUAGUUGUCUACUUGGGACUGAAUGAGUCAUAAUUAUAUAAUUAGAGCAAAGAGCAGAUGUGGCGGUAGAUAAAAAUACAUCACAACAGGAGCAUACCAGCCGGUGUGUGUUUUCAGCCCUCCAGUGUAUAAGCAUUUCUGGUGGUCAGAGGUGGACUCUUUCCAUAGUGUAAUCUCAAGCCUCUUUCUCUGAUCCAGCAUUAAGAGUUCUAAAAAUAUGAAACUGGAUUUAUUUCUUUUGGAGUCAUGGAUAACCUUUUUAUUUGUGGAGUUUUGAGGAACAGACUUGUCGAUAUCCUAUACCUUCUGAGAAGAGUGACCCAUUGCAGCUGUUCUUCCCCUUUGACAAGUAUUGUCACCCCUGCAGUAUACCUAGCUCUGCAUCACUUUCACGAUCUCCUUCCCCCAAGUCUUGUUUACUGACAAACAGAAGCAUGUGUAGCUGCUAUUCAGGAGUCCCUUGUGUACUCUAUUAUUGGCCUAUUAUCGCUAUAGGUAGUUAACCCAUAUUAUUUCAAAUCAGCAGUGCAAUAGAUUCCUUUAUUCACAUUUGUAGUCCAUCAUCACAAGGGAUGAAAUGUAAAGAAUCAAGUAGCACCUCAGAGCCUGGCAGAUCUCUAAUAUUUACAUGUUUUGUAAAGGACAGAGAUUUCUUAAGCAUAGUUUUGACUUAUUUUACUUUCCCUGCCUCCAUAAUCCUUUCUAGAGAGAGAGAGAGAAAAGUCUUGAGAUAAUUUGGGACACUGUCAUGUUACAUUUUUUUAAAGAUUUUUUUUAUAUUGUCACCACCUUAUCAUUAAACUAAAAUAACUAACUUGUCACCCUUAAUGUUUAUUCACUGUCUGCAUAUGGCAUAGCUUAGACAAUGAGAGCAGACAAGGAACGUUUAGUUUGGUGCAAAAUUUGCAAGAGCACCAUUGCCAGAAGUAAAAGUCAGUGGGAGUUGGGCACUUUUGAAACUGUUACCCAUGAUCUAUAGCAAGUUUCACUUUCUCUGCAGCACCGUGUUGGGUUUGUAUUCUAAACACUGUAAGGGAAUGUUUAAAUCCAUGCAAACUGUUUAUGGGAUUUAAAAAAAAAUGAAAUGAUAGAUUGUAAUUAUUUUUUAGAAAACCUAUAGUUGGGCUUAAAUGGACCUAAAUUUUCUCUUUAAGAAAACUCCUAGUUAUGGUGGGAAUACAGUAAUGUUAAGAGCCUGCUGCUUCCUUGCCUUAUGCCACAAGUUCAAACUCAUUGUAAUCCUAGUGGAGAGGCUAAAAAUGCAAGAAAAAAAGCUUUAGUACUUAUGUAUAUUUAGAAAAAUAUUUUUAUACUGAAUUUUUGGAAAAAAAAUAAAGUGUUUGCAAAGAUCA